CAAAAUACAGUAGCUUCAAUCACGCACUCUCUCUCUCUCCCCAUGGAAGACGACGAAGAAUGUGGCUUCGACUCCGCUUUAGCUGCUCAGUCGCCGGCUCUGGUCACGCUCUCUCCAUUCUCGCCUUCCAUCGCGCACUCCACGCGCCGGCUCUCGAGUUGUUUCACAGAACCAAGACGACCAAUAAGAGCUUCAAGACAGCUGGCUUGGGUCUCUCUUCAGGGUCGACUCGUCGGUGCCGAAGAAGCCAGCUCGGCUAAGACUAUAGGUGGUAAUUUGAGGCCCGAAGAAGCCGUGGCUUGGGAGCUUUUCAGCCCCAUUCAUCGGAUUCUUAUAGUUGCUGUCGUUGCCGUCGCCGCCGCCAAUUCGAAGAAAAAUAAACAGAUUUGUCAGCUCAAAAAAUCUGUUGAACUUAGGGAUCAAGUGCUUUUGAGCAUGCAACAGAAGCUAGACAAACUAUGUGAACAGAUGAACUAUUUCAAAGAUCAGCCAGAAUGUGUCACUGGCUUAUCUUUAACCAAGAAACUGGAAUUGCCAUUCCGUGAAGCUUCCUCUGAUGAAAAUUUAUCUUUUGGAUGUGGUUGUCAGCUGUGCGAGCAACAUAAGCCUCCAUCAAGUGACUCUGUUGCUAUUUCGGUUGUGAAAGCAUCUGGUGGUGAUGACAUGUUCAAGUACAAAAUCCCUCCUGCAAAUGAGGCAGAACCAGAGGAGCGUCGCAUGUCUGAUUUGUCAGAUUUGUCUCCUAGCAUUUCCUCCUCAGUAGAUAUUCAGUUGAAUACAUUAGCAAUUGAACAAGAUAUCUACAACCUCCGCAAAGAAUGUGAAGAAAAGGAAGCCACCAUAAAGGAGCUGUCCAUUUUUGUUCACUCAUCUCAAGUUGUAGAUUCAAAGAGGAUUGUGGAGUUAGAAGACAUCAUCCGAAGGAAGAAUAUGAUCAUUACAAAACUGAGGAAAGACAUGUUGGUUCUUGAACAGAAGGUGGUGAAUCUAACAAGACUUCGAAGACCUUCUUUCUCUACCGCAAGCUCGAAUGAGAGGCGUCUUCCAAUGAUGGCAGAUAAUGUCCUUUAUGAUAUGGAUAGUACAACUAGUCCUUCAUCUUCUGAUUCAGAUUGCUCCCCUGGUAAUUGUCCUCAAACUCCUAUUAUGAGAAGUCAGGACGCCACUGUUCAAAAUAAUAACUUUGCUUCAAGGGAAGACCAGAAAUUGGGACAGGCCAAAAGCUGUACUUCGUCAGUGAAACCAAAUGAUCAGCAUCAAAAGUCCCGACCAGUAAGUCCUCUCAAAGAGAGAUCAAUGAAUCAGACACCUGAUUUGGUCAACAUUUUGAGACCAAAGCAGUCACUAUCUACCAGUGGAAAUUCUAGAAGUAAGAGACGAGCUCCUGCCCGAUCUAAGGAUGCUGCCCUACCAAAGAGAUGGGUAUAGAGGAUGGGAAGAAUGUGUCUCCUGAAGUUGUUGCAAAGAAGAUGGAGGGGUUUUGAUUGUAAAAGCUUUAUGAGUAAGGUGGCUAGUUCUGCGCUACCAAAGUUGUUGCAAGGAGGAUCUGGAACAUUAGAUGAUAUACCUUUAAGUACAAAACACAUUUAGGUUCAUGUUACUUUGUUCUUGUUGAACUUGUGAUAUUUCAAUCUACAAUCUCAAAUUUGGUUAAGACAGAAUUUACUAUUUGUUGACCAUCGCUUCACUCCUGUAUGUAUUUCAUAUGCCUGCAAUAAUUUACUAUCUUCCCUAU